UACACCCUGAAGGGGCAAGCUCAGAGCCAGACCGUAGCCAAACCCUGCCGACUUUGGAAAAGCAUCAAGCAUCGUGCUCGCGCUCAGUUUUCCCCCGUCAUCUGGUGCGUACGCACACUGCACCGGACUGUUGGCGCGCGCUAACAACGUGUGUAACGGCAUUGCUCGGUCAGAAGCUGAGCAAGAUAAACGGCGUGAUUUUUUGUUUUGUUCUUUAAAGCCAGCCCCUUAGAAGGGAGAAGUGCGUUGUGAGUGUAGUGAAAGAUUCAAAUUAGAUGUAAUUGUUCAUUAAACAAUCAAGGUUUUAGCAAAGCGACAAGGUGGGUGAGCUCCGUGUGUAAGCACUGACCGGGGCGCCGGAGGCACACGACGACGGUUCGGUGAUUGAACGGGUUGCGAAGCGCCAUAGACAACAUAGGAAGUGUGUCUAACGCUCUCACCACCCCAGCUCGAUGUUAGUGGGGUUGGGGCUGCUACUGGACACGAUCUCGGUGCGGUGCAUACCGAUGUAAUUAAUUGGCAAGGGCUGUCGUACACCUGCGGUUUGGGUUGAUCCUCUUUUUGCUGCAGCUUCCAGGUGGAGUCUGAAAUAGAACCCGUAGGGAAAGGAGCAUAAACAAACAGCCGCGGUCUAGGAAAGAGGUGGGUGAAAAGUUUACGCUACUUUCCGAGCAGUGUACACAAAUUACCGUCCGAAUAAAAAUGAAUGCAAUGCAAGUGUGCCCGUGUGAUCGAGCGUUUGGCGGUGUAAUUGAAACCCACCCGAAAAGGGAAGUGAAAUAGAGCGAUUUAUCUGUGCCGGGAGUGAGGUGGAGGGUGAAUUGGAUCACGCUGCUUAGCUACCGGUGAACAGUGAGGAAUCGUGCAUCUCAGGGCGACAAGUGCAAUCAGUCGUUGUGCAUGCUGAGGGGAGGUGGAAAAACACAUCCCCUAGUUAAUGAGGGAGUUGCAGCUGCAGGUAAAGCUACCGUCGUUCCAGCAUCUCAGUGCAGUAGUGUGUGAAAAGAAGAAGAAGGUCCAAACAAAACAACAACAAAAAACGAGAAACAGAAAGCAUCCAAAGCCAUCAAUUAACACGCCCUCGGGGGAGGGAAAAAAACGGCUACGGGGAGUCGGCAUUAGCUGUGUUUCUGUGGUGGCAAAAGGGGGCAAUCGUCUGCGUACUUCAGACAGGCAGUCGAAUUCAAGAACAAAUCCCAUUCGUCUUCAGAGCUCAUCGAGCUGAUCGCCAUCAAAAUGGCAGACCGCCCCAUACACACCUCUGCGGCAUAAUAUGCGCUCACUUAAGCCAAACACCGGUACAAACCAACCCGCGGUACGCUGCAAGUGACAAACCCCCGGUCCAUCCCGCUCACCGCGCUAAACGUUGAGUCACACAUACGCUUCCCAGCGAAGCUUUCAAGUUCUCGCGUCAAAACCACAUCCUCCCCGCAACCACGCAACAGCAUGGCCCUCAGUACGACGACCGAUGCAUCGGUGGAUGAGAUCGCACAAAAACGGCUCGAGUGUCUGGAAACGCUGAAUGAAACCGUCGACACGACGAUAUCGGGACUCUUCUGCCCCGGGACAUGGGAUGGGUGGUUAUGUUGGCCGGACACUGCUGCAGGCACCUCGGCAUACGCCCUCUGUCCCGCCUUCAUAUCAGGUUUCGAUCCAACGAGGUUUGCACACAAAGUGUGCAGUGAGAAUGGGGAAUGGUUCCGGCAUCCGGAGACGAACAGGAGCUGGUCCAACUACACAACAUGCAUCAACCUGGACGACUUCGAGUGGCGGAAACAGGUGAACCUAAUAUACGAAACCGGAUACGCCAUCUCGCUGAUAGCCAUACUGCUAUCGCUCGCUAUUUUAAGCUACUUUAGAUCGUUAAAAUGCGCACGAAUAACGCUACACAUGAACCUGUUCGUAUCCUUUGCCUGCAACAACUCCCUCUGGCUGCUGUGGUACCGGCUGGUGUUGACCGAUCUCGAUCUCCUGAAGGAAAGCGGUGCUGGCUGCAUCACGCUGCAUCUGGUGUUGCACUACUUUCUCCUGACCAACUACUCCUGGAUGCUGUGCGAAGGGUUCUACCUUCACACCGUGCUGGUGUCGGCGUUCGUGUCGGAGAAGAAGCUGCUCAAAUGGUUGCUGGCGCUCGGGUGGGGUUCGCCCGCCUUCUUCAUCGUGCUGUACGGGUUUCUGCGUGGAUAUGCCAGCCCACCGAACGAUACGAUAGAGUGCUGGAUGAACGAUAGUUCCUUCAACAAGGUGUUCGUCGGACCGGUGUGCAUUUCGAUGCUGCUGAAUCUGGUGUUCCUGUUCAACAUCAUGCGGGUGUUGCUGCUGAAGCUGAAAGCUCCGGCCGGCCCUCAGGGUGCCGGUCCGUCUAGAACGAUCUUGCAAGCAUUCCGCGCAACCCUUCUUCUGGUGCCCCUGCUCGGCCUCCAGUACAUACUGACGCCGUUUCGUCCGGGCAACGGUCACCCGUACGAGCGAACGUACGAAACGAUGCUGGCGUGCACCUCCUCGUUUCAGGGGCUCUUUGUGGCGGUACUUUUCUGCUUCCUGAACGGGGAGGUCAUCGCACAAGUGAAGCGCAAGUGGCGCACCGUGUUCCUGCGUACCCGCGCCAACUCCUACACCGCGACGCAAGUGUCCGUAAUCCUACGCUAUAUCUGAGACGAGUUUUUAGAAAAAAAAAAAUCAAUUGAAUUUCGUCCGUUGCGGUCCACCGGUCCCAGGUGAGGAGAAGGUUUGACUAAAGGAGUACACCGACCGCGGCCCUGCCAAAUCCGCCCGCAAACCGUUCUCCUGCCGCACCCGGAAGCGUUCGUUGCUUCUGCCGACUUCCUGCAUGGAGGCGUCGGAUGCACCACCUACCAGCACAAUGUCACGGACGGACCACCACCGUACCACGGUCUUUGAUCCGACCGUCACAACCGUCACCUCGGCUACAACGACCACGGCUGCCACCGAUACCGCAACUGCGACCGCUCAACCAGCUCAAAGAGUACACUUCCGACCGGAACUGGUGGCCGAUGCUGGGCCGGAUGGUAAAGCUUCGCUCGCGGAAUCAGCGGCCACAACCAACGGUCACACCCACCGACAGCCGGUGAACGGGUUUCACGCAGCAGUGGACGACUUGCCGGACGACGUUGAGCCACCGGCGGAUGAAAUCCUUUAAACAGGUCCGCGUUACGCUCCUUCGGCUAGCUUUAAAACGAGGUUUAAGUUGCAACGGUGGAACUAGUUUUAAUAAUCAAGAAGAGGAAACAAUACGGCCAAACCAAAACCAAACUAUCGUACGUAACUAUCGUGUUUUGCGUGAAAAUGACGCGUUGUGGGGGGGGAAAUAGAGGGUUUUAUAAAAUACUUUUAAAAUAAACAAUCGUUCCUGUCCUCUUUGACGCUAUUUUACGCGUAACGUAAGAAGUCUCUGCACGUGUAUGCAGCAUGUAGAUAUGAUAAUUUGAUUUUACUUUAAAGCACGGUAUACCCGCUUUAACGAUCGCUUCCCAUACCAACUCCAUGGUACUGUGUUGUCAGAUACAAAAGGAAUAUGUACUUGUGUUUUGCACGGCAAAGAAAACAGAUCGAUAAAUAAUAAUAAAUGUUAUUACAAUGUAGUGAAUGGUUUAUAAAAGGUGGGUGAAACGAAAAUUGAAAGAGGAAAAGCCUCUGGAUUGUUCGUAUAUUCAUGACUGUGUCAUUUGCCAAUGUGAAAUAAACGAUUCUGUUAAUAGGUGGAAGCAAAUCUGUACAAGGGAAGCAUUAACCUUGCAAUUUCCCGCUAAGAUAAAACCAAAAACAAAACCAGAGUAUAGCUACACUUA